ACAAAAAUGUAACUGAAACGGGAGCAAAGGCUUUUCCCCUGAAGAAAGUUAUAAAGUCCCCACAAAAUCCGUGGUUUGUUUGAAAGGGAACGUGAAAAAAAUGAGAGGGAUGUUAUUACUUCUAUCUUUGUAAGAACAAUCAAUUAUUCCGUGAACAAUUACAAACCCACUCAAAAUCGAUACAGUGGAUGGUGAGACUGAAGCCUUUUGCAAAUAAUAAUAAUAAUAAUAAUAUGUUGAUUGAAUCUCCUGCUCGACGCCUUGUUGUCUUGAUCGCUUGUAUUUUCAUCUCCUGUUUAAUUCUCUACAGCAUUGCUGAUUCUCUCCGGUUCCUCCCUGUUUCUGUCUACGGUUCUUCCUCUGCUUUCCCUUCCAUUUUCCCUUCUGUUAUCGACACCGAUUCUCUUCUGGAUAGUGAGGAAUAUAGGCUUGAGAAAGUUCUGAAGAAUGCUGCCAUGGAAGACAACACUGUGAUAUUAACAACUUUGAACGAAGCAUGGGCAGCUCCUAAUUCAGUCCUUGAUCUUUUCCUUGAGAGCUUUCGAAUUGGAUACGGGACGCGAAGACUUUUGAAUCACUUGGUGAUUAUUGCUUAUGAUCAAAAAGCGUUUAGACGUUGUUUGGUUGUUCAUAGGCAUUGCUUUGCUCUUGUUACUGAUGGAGUGGAUUUUCAUCAGGAGGCAUACUUUAUGACUCCUGAUUAUUUGAAGAUGAUGUGGAGAAGGAUUGAUUUCCUACGCACUGUUCUUGAGAUGGGGUACAAUUUCGUCUUCACGGAUGCUGAUGUCAUGUGGUUCAGAAAUCCAUUUCUACGAUUUUAUUCAGAUGCUGAUUUCGAGAUUGCGUGCGAUUACUUUCUAGGGACCUCUGAUGAUCUACAAAACAGAGCCAAUGGAGGAUUCAACCAUGUAAAGUCCAAUAAUCGGUCCAUAGAGUUUUACAAAUUCUGGUACUCUUCGAGGGAAACUUAUCCUGGAUCUCAUGAUCAAGAUGUCCUAAACAAUAUCAAGUUUCAUCCUUUAGUUACAGAUAUUGGACUGAAGAUGAAAUUCUUGGAUACUUCUUAUUUUGGUGGGCUAUGUGAACCUAGUGAAGAUUUUAGUGUAGUUUGUACAAUGCAUGCAAAUUGCUGCUAUGGUUUGGAUAGCAAACUUCAAGAUAUCAGAAUUAUGCUUCAGGAUUGGAAAAGUUAUUUAUCUUUACCUCCAACUUUGAAAAGUUCAUUGAUUUUGUCCUGGAGGGUCCCAUACAAUUGCAGGUUUCGGCUGACACAACUCAGAAAAUUGGAGGCAAAUCUUUGCAUUUUCAUUCUUCUGAAUCAUUCAAUCCCAAAGUUGAGUUUGGAGAGUUUAUAUGGCAGGUAAUUGAAGAUUUGUCAGCAUUAAUAUAAAAUCAAUAAUUAUUGAAUGACCAAAAUUUUGUAGAUCACUCAAAAGAGCAUGUAAUUGUCAAGUAUUUAGUGUCAGUUGCUUCAUUCACUGUAACAUGUAUUGCCAUAGUCUGUUUAAUGUUUAGCAAUCAGAAUUAACUCAAAUUAACAGUUGUUCUGU